CAGGUCAUGAAACCGCCGCUUGCUGGACUCCGCCAGUAUGCCUUGGGUGUUACCAGCGCAGCGCAGACACGCCGCUCCUCGGAUAUUGCUGCAGGAAGCAGUCGGUUUCCUCCGUUCCCACACGUUUGCCGCACGAUGACGACUCUGGUGCGCGCGGGCUCCCUCCCGUCGCGCCUCCUGCAAGCCGCGGCGCGCAAGCGCCCCGUGCAGGCGAUCCUGCAGCACGCCGCGGCGCGGAAGCGACCGACGCAAGUGAUCCUCGUCACUUCUGGAUUGUCCUUGAGGAGUCUUCCCUUCGUCGCAUGUGAUGGAACGGACGCCGAGCCGCCCGUCUCUGACCCGUCUCCGUCUCCGGCGUCGUCGUCGUUGUACAAAGAGGGGCUCAACUCUGCUGCUUCCUCCAUUGUGAAGAGUGUUGUGGUCGCGGUAGCUCUACCUUACGUAAUAAGUGCUGCAGCACCCCAGGUUUUGGCAUGGAUUGGCUUCGGGUCCGUUGGCAUCACGGCUGACAGCAUCGCCGCGUCAUUUCAGAGCUGCUUUGGUACACCCUGGAUAUUCCGGUGUCUUCAGAGCCUUGCCAUGAGGGGAGUGCCGAUGUCUUCUAGCGUCUCAGGCGGCUUAGCGACGGUUGGAGCACUGCAGCUAAGAAACGUUUGUUGUGUGCCUGCGGACAGCAAAGAUCUGCCUGUGGACAGCAAAGACGUGCCUGCGGACAGCAAAGACCUGCCUGCGGCAUAGGGUGUCGAGCGCUUCCGGUAUUUCAAACUCCCCCCCCCCCUUUUUUAUUUUUUUCGCGGAUUUCCCGGGGUUUCUUCCCCUAUAUACCCUCCAUAAUCAACAAAACAAAAAAAACUAAAGAGAAAAUUAAAUAUUACAUAUGCACAAAAACGCUUUUUGGCAAGGGAUAAAAAGUCGAUACGAGGCACAAAUGUGUACCUACACCUUAAAAGCCUUUACCUGAUGCUGAUUUCGGGUUCGUUAUAGCACCAGUGCACUCUAAAUCUGGGUGGGCACUCAAUCCUAAAAUCUAAAUUCCCGUUUUUUUUCCGGCCAGAUAAAGGUAAUUUAUCGGGGGCUUUUAAAAGCGCUCAGAGCACUGUUCGUAUCCAUCUUUGAGUUUUCCACAUUUAAGCGUUUAGGGUGCGCACUAGAACCCCGCACAAAAUACCGGUCUGUCAACAUAUGUUGUGAAGAGCAGCUUGAAACUAUGUGAGCAGAUAAAGUAGGGGUCUCUAGCAACUGCAAUCAGACAUUUUGUGUGUGUUCAAGCUAGCUUUCAUACUACAAAUAAUUGUGGAAGACCUCAGAACACGAGAACAAAAGGAACCAUUAUGACAACAGCAAGGGAAGUUUUGUAAACUGAAGUUAGUUUAUUACAAAUUAGACCGUGUCUCAAGAGACUUUUAUAAUUUUGCUGGUCAUCCUGGGAAAUUCACGGCUUCUUCCCGGUUUUCCCCAGCAUAAUUUUUAUCCCGGAUUUAUCUCAGUUUUCCGGGUCGGUGGCACCUUGUAAUGUUAUGUCCAGUUUUGUACGAGACAUCGCAGUUUUUUGUGCAGAUGAACUUUCUGUGCAAUUUUCGUGCGAAAAACUGCGCGCAUUUCCCCAUUUUUGUUCGAAAUGGCGGACAAGUUCAUCUGCACUAAAAAUUGAGACGUCUCUUAAAAAAUUUGCACAAGAACAUUCUGUGUGCACGGGUACUUUUCUCAGGCAGCUUGUUCGACUGAUGAUCCGUGAACUGUGCCAGAUGUUGAAGGAAAAAUUUGAAUUGAAAUUUGAAAAUACAUUUAUGAGUCAUUAA